UUCAUUUGCUUCCGAUUCAUUUAUCCGAAAUGUCCAUGUCGCCAAGGAAGAUAAAAGGAGAAGUAAGCAUAUGACUCUACCUGCGUAUGUGCGUGAAGAGCCUAUAUAUAUACAAUUGCUGCUGUUUGUUUCUCUUACCCCAAGAUGCUCAUUGAAGUACUAUUGCUCUUUUUCGCGUUGUCCAACAGGUGGGGCCGAAUUUCUGUAGCACUCGCACAGUCGGCUACAGGAACGAGCUCUUCGGUAGUAUCCACCACCAGUACCAGUACACUGAGUCCUAAAAGUAUCGCCAUGGCCACCGCCAGCUUUCCUCCAAUCGGAUCGAUUCCUCGCAAUUACACACCGGAAGGAUUGGAACAACUUUGGGACAUCAUCGGAUCUGUCGAGCCACCUCCGUUCACCACUACCCGCGUUCCCAGCUCAGCGGUCACCCUACCACCCUCUCCCCCGCCUUUGUAUCCAUCAUUCUAUGCCCCUACGCCUAAAGAUAUCUUGCCAGACUUGAAAUUCCCAAAAGGCUUCAAAUACGGCAUAGCCACCUCCGCGUACCAAGUCGAGGGGGCCGUGAAAAAUGAUGGAAAGGGACCAACAAUGUGGGACUGGGCUACCAGACAGCCGAGUGGUACAAUCGAUAAUACAACUGGUGAUGUUGUCGAUCUUCAAUAUUUCCUCUACAAAGAAGACGUCCAGCGCAUCGCUGCUCUCGGUGUCACUGCACAUUCUUUCUCUAUCUCGUGGGCGAGGAUCUACCCAUUUGGCGCCGCCGAUUCUCCCAUCAAUACCGCUGGCAUUGAUCACUAUUCUGAUGUCAUAGAUUACCAUUGGGCGAAUAAUGUAGAGCCUGUUGUAACAUUGUUUCAUUGGGACAUGCCUGUCGCCCUUCAGGCUUACUACGGGGCUUUCACAUCACCAGAAAUAGUCGACGACUUUGUAAACUAUGCCAAGACUAUAUUCAAGGCGUACAAUGGCCGUGUUAGAACAUGGUUUACGUUCAAUGAACCGAAUAAUUACUGUAGCCAGAUCUCAUCCUAUCCUUUCAAUGUUACACUUGCUCUUGGUGUAAACUCCUCUACUGCCCCUUAUCAGUGCGCAUACAAUCUAUUAAGGGCACAUGCAGGAGCCGUCAAAGCAUUUCGUGAAAUGAACAUAUCGGGAGAGAUUGGCUUCAAAAACUCCGGCUACAUAGGCACACCAUGGAGAAGCAACUCUACCGAGGACGCACUUGCAGUCGAACGUCAUGCAGCAUUCAACAUCGGCAUCUUCUCAAACCCUGUAUACACAACAGGCGACUGGCCUGACAUUGUCAAGGACACCCUCCCGGCCGAGUAUCUCCCGCGCUUCACCAACGAGGAAAAGAGUGACCUUCUCGGCUCUGCGGAUUUCUUCGCCAUUACUUCCUACCGUUCACUAUGGAUAAAGGCUCCGGACGAAGGAAUCGAUGCAUGCGUGGAAAAUCCUUCCGAUUCCUUGUGGCCUGCCUGUAAUGAACUAGAAUACUUUGACUCGGAUUAUGGCUGGCCCGCAGGUCCUGCCGCCGACCCCGUGGCCACCUCCCUCCAAGCAACACCGCUGGCCAUUCGUCCGUUGCUGAAGGGCCUCUACUCUCGCUGGCCAAGUAAUAAAUUGUAUGUCUCCGAAUUCGGCACCUUGGAGCCCUUUGCCUACGCGAAUGCGGAUAUUUCUCAAAUAAAGGAGGAUGUGGGCCGAACGAACUACCUCCUCACGUACCUCGGUGAGAUGUUGCUGUCCAUACAUGAAGAUGGUGUACCGGUACAGGGUGCUUUCGCUUGGGGAAUGCUUGAUGAUACAGAAUGGUUAGGAGGGACGACCGUCAGAUACGGUAUCCAGCACGUCGAUUACACGACACUGGAACGGACGUACAAGAGAUCGGCACUGUCCUUGGCGGAAUUCUUUGGGUCGCAUCUUCAAGGCUGAGGUGAAAGCUAUACUUAGUCACAAACGAAGACUAACAGUCAACAAGGCCGCACAGAAAGACAAUAGUAUAUCAUUCCCAUUUCGAUCAUUGUUGCGGUCCUUUUCUUCAACGCUAUCUUUAUCCUUGUUCUUUAAACACGAUUGUACUUGUGAAGAUGGAUAUGUUGAGUUAGUAUCGAGAAAGACUUCUCCGACA